CGUGAAACCCCUGAAAGCUGACGAGAUUCAUAAUGUCUUAUUUUCAACAUUUCUACCAUUUUCAACGCGUUGUCCUCGAACAGAUGGGCUUCUCACCAAUUCACCAACAUGCUCCUGCAAUCGCGCCUAUCCGCGCUUCACUUGCGAUGGAAACAGCUCCCUAAUCUCCAUAAAGUCUUAAGCGUAUUUUCGCUAGUACUGUUUCUAAUAGUAAUAUUUAUACAACCAACACCAGAAACCGCCCGAGAUGGGUGGCAUCGUCUCACACAGACCGAAAAUGGCCCUCUGGCAGGCGGCAUUCCUCUCCGCGUCAUGUUCAUCGGCGCUUCGAUGACCCUCGGCGAACACUCGACCGGCGAAGUCGGAUUUAGGAAGCAGAUCCGGGACUGGCUUGUGUCUCGAGGGAACCCCGUCAACUACGUCGGCCAGAACCGCUACGGCGACUUCAAAGACAACGAUGUCCAAGCCUUCGGCGCACAGCCCAUAAAACCGACCCUCGACCGCCUGAAAGAAGUAGUACCGCAAGUCCAACCAAACCUCAUCAUCAUCAACGCCGGGUCAAGCGACUGCUUCCAGCUCGACCACUGGGGCCCCGCAUACAUCCUCCAAAGCAUGCGCGAGCUCGUCGAUUUCGUCUUCGAAGCCUCUCCCCGCGCCACCGUCAUUAUGUCAACCAUCAUCACUUCGCCUUGGGAAGGCACAGAAAAGUGCGUCAAAUCUUCCAACGCGCAGAUCCGCCAAGUCGCCAUCGACCUCAUCCGCGAGGGCAAACCCGUCACCAUGGCCGAAAUGCACUACGACCAGGGUCUACCCGGCCGAGUCGAGCGCGCAGAUAUCGGACCCGAUGACAUGCACCCUACCGAUAAGGGGUACUUCAAGAUGGGCGAUAUAUUCAUGGAGAAGAUCCUCGAGGUCGACCGUAACGGCUGGUUGAAGCGGGCCGUAGAUAACGGCGUUCCAGCCGAUGGCGAGGCGGCGAGGGAUGCGGAGGACGCGAUUAAGGCUCAGGAUGAGAAGGUUAAGGAGAAGCAGGAGGCUGAGGCGGGGAAGACGUUGCCCGGGAGGAUACGCAGGGCGUUUAGGGCGCGGCAUGUUACGCCUGUUUAGCCGGAUUCCGCGCGUGGUGGUGGGAUUAGGGAGUAGGUAGAGUGCGUCAUGAUAGGUAGAUUUUUACCGGUUAGGAAAAGGGAAAAUGUAUUUAGCGGUUCAUCCUUAGAAGGGGGAUGGAUUGCAGGAUUGCUUGAUUAGAUAUUGUGUAAUAUAUAUUUACAAUUAAACAAGAGAAAGUAUCAGUUCUGAA